AUGGCAUUUGUAGCAACCAUAGAACCUCUUUCCGAUCUCGCCGCGGACCAGCGGGCGCUCGAAAUCUUCAGCCAGCGCCUCACUAGCACCAUAGACACGAUACUGGCACUGCCGGAGACCGAGCUGGGGGUUGGCUGGCAGAAAGAAUACCUAGGCUUGCGGAGCAAGGAAGAGUGGGUGGAAGUCAUCAAUGUAGCUACGGAGCACCAAGCCAAGCUGCUUCUUGGGGCCGAGAGGCCGCCCACGAUACAACAGUUACUACAAUUGCCAAGAGUUAGCGAGCAGCAUAGGGGUGUUGGUGGGGUGUAUCUAGGUGUUCUGGAGACUGAGGACGACGGUCAUCAUGAUUGGACGUAUACGGGCUCUGGUACGGCGUUUGGCGGAAGAGGGAUUACAUUCAGGACGGAUCAGCAUGCCAAUCCCGAGUAUAGGCGGAAGGAUAGGGAGACACAGGCGGCAAAGAAUAUGCGGCCGAAAGCAUUUUAUGCUCUCAUCGACGACGAUGUCGUGCGCGCGUUGUUCUUCGUAGUGCUUCUGCAGCUACCACUCACGGACACAACGCCGGAUGCAGCGUUCCUUUGGCGGAUCACUAUUGUCCUGGCCGAGCAGAUCUUCGCUUCUUGGCUAGCUACAUUCUGCGCUAGCGCCAUGGAGAGUCGAGUAAAGGCUUCUCUCCUAGCAUUGCGGCUUUGGGAAUACGAGGACUACGACUACAAGGGCACUAAUUCGAUGUGCCCGCUGAAGGAGCUGGUGAGGAGGCCAGGGGGUGUAGACAGCGUGCCCGUGACCGCUAAGGAGUACCGCGUCUUCAGAACGGCCAAGGAGAAAAUUGCCCGCGAGAAACGGAGCGAGGCACAGAAGAAGGCAUACGCUGAUUGGCACAAAGACUAUUGGCAGAUGAUCGGCCGGCCUGUCACAAAGAUGCGCAGGGAGGGAAAGACUGAGGCAGAGAUCGAAGAGUGGAAGAAGAAUGCUCAACACCCAGUACCAGUUGCGAAGAGGCUGCUGCCUGAUGUUUAG